GGGGGGGAACCCUGGCACCCUGGGGAGAUUGGGCUACUCUGUGGGAGGCCCUGCAAAGUGGGGAAAAGUCUGGUCUGUUGUAGGAAAAUGGUGGAUGCCUCUAACUGAGGCCCAACCUUGGAAUGUUUGCUACAGGCCCGAGAUUGCCCAUCAGGCGCUUGAGGCUCUUCUGGAUGUCGGAUGCCUCGCUGCCCGACAUCCUGGCGCCAGAGACUGGGGGUAGGGUGGGGUAAGACGGGGAGUGUCAGCUUCAACUCUCCUGUCCGAACAGAUUCAUCUUAAAACAUCACGGAGAACACCGGGUUAGAGUUCAUUCAGUGAAGUUAAUAAAGCAAAGUAUUGUAGUGCUCAAUAGUUGCUGCAUGAUGAAUUAUUUGAACUGGACUCAAGAUGAGUCUUGAAGGACGUGUAAGCCCGGCGGUGAAGUGGAGGUCUAGCGCCAAGUCCCAGAGGCUUGAGGAGACAAGCUAGGUCGGAGAAAGAGGGGGAGCUGAGUUUGGCUGGCUCUGAGAGCGCCAGCGGCCGUGCGAAGUUGGAACCACCACGCGGUGGCCUGAGCCCAGGGCCAGGGGCAGACGGAAGACGGCGUCGGGGUAUUCACCCGUCCUCGGAGUGCGCGAAGAAGGGCCCCGGGACCCCCGCGAGGCUGGACUGCCCCUCCCCCUCCCCUUCCGGGGGCGGGACAAAUCAGACCCCGCCCACCUAAAGGUGGCUCGGGGCUCGGCCCUCUCAGCGUCCCGCUGGAAGGAACCUUAGGGGCAAACAGGCACCAUGAGCCAGGACACAGAGGUGGACCUGAAGGAGGUGGAGCUGAACGAGCUGGAGCCCGAGAAGCAGCCGAUGAACGCGCCGUCCGGGGCGGCCAUGGCCGUGGUUGUGGCGGGCGGCGCCGAGAAGAACGGUCUGGUGAAGAUCAAGGUGGCCGACGACGAGGCGGAGGCAGCGGCCGCGGCCAAGUUCACCGGCCUGUCCAAAGAGGAGCUGCUGAAGGUGGCGGGCAGCCCCGUCUGGGUGCGCACCCGCUGGGCGCUCCUGGUGCUCUUCUGGCUCGGCUGGCUCGGCAUGCUGGCCGGCGCCGUAGUCAUCAUCGUGCGGGCCCCGCGCUGCCGCGAGCUGCCGGCGCAGAGCUGGUGGCACAAGGGCGCCCUCUACCGCAUCGGCGACCUUCAGGCCUUCCAGGGCCCCGGGGGGGGCGACCUAGCGGGCCUAAAGGGGCGCCUCGAUUACCUGAGCUCCCUGAAGGUGAAGGGCUUUGUGCUGGGCCCAAUUCACAAGAACCAGAAGGAUGACCUCGCGGGGACCAACUUGGAACAGAUCGACCCCACUUUUGGUUCCAAGGAAGAUUUUGACAAUCUCUUGCAGUCGGCCAAGAAAAAGAGUAUCCGGGUCAUUCUGGACCUCACUCCCAACUACAGGGGCCAGAACUCGUGGUUCCUCCCCUCGGAGAUUAACUCUGUGGCUGCCAAGAUGAAGGAUGCUCUGAGUUUUUGGCUGCAGGCCGGUGUAGAUGGGUUCCAGGUUCGGAACAUAGAGAAUCUGACGAAUGCACCUUUGUUCUUGGCCGAUUGGCAGAACAUGACCAAGAGCUUCAGUGAAGAUAGGCUCUUGAUUGCAGGGACCGAGUUCUCUGACCUUCAGCAGAUCCUGAGCCUCCUUGGCUCCACCAAGGACCUGUUGUUGACGAGCUCGUACCUGGCAAGCUCUGGUUUCACCGGGGAGCGCACAGAGCUCCUUGUCACCCAGUAUUUGAAUGCCACUGAGCAUCGCUGGUGCGGCUGGAGUUUGUCUCAGGCGGGAUUCCUGACUGCCCUCGUGCCGGCUCAUCUCCUCCGCCUCUACCAGCUGUUACUCUUCUCCCUGCCCGGCACCCCGGUUUUCAGCUACGGAGAUGAGAUCGGCCUGGAGGUAGCUGCCCUGCCUGGCCUGCCUGCGAAGGCUCCGUUCAUGCUCUGGGAUGAAUCCAGCUUCCCCAACACCUCAGGACGUGGAAGUACCAACAUGACCGUAAAGGGCCAGAAUGAAGACACUGGUUCUCUCCUCUCCCUGUUCCGGAGGCUGAGCGAUCAGCGAGGCAAGGAGCGUUCUUUGCUCCACGGAGACUUCCACGUGCUCUCCUCGGGGCCCGACCUCUUCGCCUACAUCCGCCACUGGGACCAGAACGAGCGAUUCCUGGUAGUGCUCAACUUCGGGGAUACAGGCCAGCCUGCCAGGUUGGGGGCCUCCAGUGUGCCAGCCACUGCCAGUCUGCCGGCCACCGUCGAUCUGCUGCUCAGCACCGAUCUAGGCCGCGAGGAGGGUGUGUCUCUGGAGCUGGAACACCUCAACCUAAAGCCCUACGAGGGGCUGUUACUCCGCUUCCCCUACGUGGCCUGACAGGACCCACCACCCUUCCCCUCCCCAGGCCCUUUGGGUCCUGGUUUCUUUUCCUUUUUUUUUUUUUUUUUUUACUGCCACAGAUUACAGAUGAAACCCCAGAUAAAGUGUGUUCUGGCUUCAAAUAAAAGUCACUCCCGCCUGGUGA